CAGCUUCAUUUCUUUCAGUGGCACUUGCCUCAUGCGGAGACAAUUAGCCGUGUAAUUGACCCCAGCUCCACUUCAAUAUGCCUUCUGCAGUUGACUUCAGGAGCAAUGGCCAAUCAAUCAUCCAACAGAUGAUAUUGUCACCCAGUGAUAACGACUACCUUGACCAACUCAUCCCUGUUGUGAAAGGUGCGAGCAGUUCUAGUCGAGCCCAUGCUCUAAUGAAGAGCCUCUCUCAAUAUGCCACGCAACGAGAAAGCGAAAUCGAGAAAAUGUGCAAUCUAAACCACCAAGAGUUCCUAACAUCGGUCAACAAGCUACAGAAAGUUCGUGAGGGAACGGUCAAGUUGACAUCUGAAAUCUUGGAACUCAACCAGUCUAUCCAGUCCAGCACGGAAAAGCUUGCGGAGCACAAGAAGGCGCUUGUCGACUCUCGAGGGGUGCGUCAAAAUAUCGAUGAGGCAGCACAAGCACUGAAGGACUGUCUGGAAGUAUUGCGUGUAUCGAACCAUGUCCAUGAGUUGCUGGGCCAGAAAAACCACUAUGGUGCAUUGCGUGCGUUGGAUGAGCUCCAAAAUGUGCAUCUGAAGGAGGUAACACAGUACAAGCUGGCCGAUAUGAUACAAAAGUCGGUCCCUGCCACACAGAAGCUCAUAGCAGAGGCGGUCAUGAAUGAUCUCAACACCUGGCUUUAUAGGAUCCGUGAGACAUCUCAGUUCCUUGGGGAGGUAGCUUUCUACCACACUGAGUUGCGGCGAACAAGGCAAAAAGAGCGAAUGGAAGCCAAUCCAUAUCUCCGGAACUUCAAGCUCAACUCGGCGAUAGAAAUGGUCUUCGACGAGAGCGAGGAGUUUGAUGCACUAGAUAAUGAUGAGCUGCGAGUUGAUUUUACUCCUCUGUUCGAAUGCUUACAUAUACAUGAGGCGUUGGGGCAAAGUGACAAAUUUCGCACUGAGUAUGCUGCAACUCGAAGAAGGCAGAAAGAACUUCUUUUACCGUCUUCAAUUAGUCUUCUCGAGAACGAUGACUCCAGCUUAAGUAGUCUCUUGGAAGGAAUUGCUGGAUUUGCGAUUAUCGAACGGGCAACUAUGAGACGUGCUCAUAAUCUUCGCUCACCUGUUGAUGUUGAGGAGCUGUGGGAUUCAAUGUGCCAAGCCGCUAUUGGUCUCAUCUCAAAAGCUCUCGAUGAUGUUGAUAAUGCGGAGGUUCUUUUGAAAAUCAAAGGUGUCAUUGCGUUGUUUAUACAGACGCUGGAUGGUUGGGGUUAUUCCGUGUCUGCCCUAGACACAUUUCUGUUGACUCUAUUUGAGAAAUACGCCGAGUUGCUAAAAAGACGGUUUAGUGAUGAUUUUCAAGAGAUCGUAUCUACUGACGAUUAUAUGCCGAUUCCAAUUAGCAACUUGGACGAGUAUGACAAAGUUGUUAAUGUUAGUUGGUUUACACCUGAUAAACCGAGAGACGAACUUUCAUUUCCAUGCGUGUUGCCCUUCUCUCAGAUGUAUCCUCUUUGUUGUAUUGACAUUCGAAACUUUUUGAAUCAGUUCUACUUCUUUUCGGAUGAUCAUUUUCAACAUCCCAAUGUUAUCGAUGAGACGCUGAGAAAGUCCCUGGACCAACUUCUUUCGGAGAAGGUCUGCAGGUCUCUUGUGGAACGUUUAAACUCCCAAUAUCUAGGGCAAAUUGUCCAAAUUCUGAUUAACCUUGAACAUUUUGAAACCGCUUGUCAGGAGCUUGAGCAGCUUUUGAUUGCGGCUCGUUCAUCAACAUCCGCUGGAGGACCGAUUGUGUUAAACGCUACUGAGGAGUUCCGGAGUAAUAAAAAGACUGCCGAGAAGAGAAUUUUUGAGCUUGUCAACUCUAAGAUUGAUGACUUGAUAGAAACUGCUGAAUACGAUUGGAUGGCGCCAACAUUAGAAGGCGAGCCAAGCAACUACAUGCAGACAUUGACUCGUUAUCUAUCGAAUAUCAUGAACUCUACCCUACUGGGUCUCCCUAGAGAGAUUAAAGAGUUGAUCUAUUUCGAUGCCCUAAGCCAUGCAGCGAAUAUGAUAUUGGCCCUUCCUUUGUCACCGGACGUGAAGAAGAUCAAUCCGAAUGGUGUCACUGCAUUGGCGAAGGACGUGGAUUACCUGGCCGAGUUUGUCGACAGCCUCGAGAAUGCCCCUAUCCUGCGGGAGAAUCUCGAUGAAUUGCAGCAAACAGUCAACUUGAUGCAAACUGACAACCCUGACGAGUACUUUGACAUUUCAACGAGGAAUAAGAAAUAUGGUCGGGUAGAUCCCCUGAAUGGACCAAAGAUCCUUGAAAAACUCACGUACUCGGUUCAAAGUCCAGUCAAAAAUGAUAGACUAGCCAACUUUUCGUCACGAUUUGGGAAGAAGUAG